GUCGUCGGCCAUAUUGGAGUGAGUCACGGGUGCGGCGCGGGCGGUGGAGGACGCGGGCCGAAGUGUCAGCCGAGCGCAGUUGCGCAAGCAGUGUUUCUGGAGUGUACAGGAGCAGCCGGCGUCGCGAUGCGGGUGCCCAGAACGCGUGCAGGGAGUGGCGAAGGAGCAGUGGAAACGGAGCGUGUGCUGACGCCGCUCACAAACAGCAGCGAGCUGCUGCUGCCCAACUUCUCGUCGGUGGAGAGCCUCAACUCUGGCCUGACGCGCACCACGCCCACCCUGACGCCCACCACGCUGCGCAACAUCGAGGAGACGUUCAUGGCGUUCGACGGCGGCCUGGUGGCGCCGCCGGUAUCCCACCAGCACCAGGCCGGAUUUGUGACGCCCCAGGUGGCCACCGGCGGCGGCGGCGGCGCGGCGCCGGCCGCCGAGCCGCAGCCGGCCUACCGGCGCGCCGACGGCAGCCCGCCGCCUGCGGCCGAGCGGGCCUCGCGCGCCGUGCCGCAGGGCCACCACCGCGGCGGCCGCCGACCCAAGGAGGACGACGAACUGUCGCCCGAGGAGGAGCAGCGGCGCCGCGUGCGCCGCGAGCGCAACAAGCAGGCGGCGGCACGGUGCCGGCGGCGCCGGCUCGACCUCACCAAUACGCUGCAGAUGGAGACUGAGGAGCUGGAGGAUGAGCGCUCUAGCCUCGAGCGCCAGAUCCAGAUGCUGACCGCCCAAAAAGAGGAGCUCAACUUCCUGCUGGAGGCGCACCGGCCCUGCUGCAAGCUCGGCAGGGACAAGGAGAACGCGCCCAAGCGGCGUGUCAUCGUCAAACAGGAGGCGGCCAAGGCGGCGCGCGCCGAGCCGUCGGAGCCGGAGCGGCCGGUGGCGGCUGGCCCGGCUGGCCCGGCGGUCAAGGUGCCGCGGCCUACCACGCUGUCGGUGGCCGGCUUCGCCACUGCCACAAGCAUGCACAAGGAGGUGGCGCUCACCACGCCCUCCCAGGGCCUGGCGCUCAACUUUGACUCGCUGCUGCAGGGCGGCACUGGUCUGACGCCGGUCGGAGGCGCCGCACUGCCCGCCCUGAUGCCGCUACCAUCUGGAUCGCUAGCCACGCCGGUGGUGUCUCAGCCAGAGCGGCGUGCCGACAUGCUCAGCCCGGAGACGGGCAAGGAGCUGGUCUCGCUGUGACGGACCGGAGCGCGCUGCGGCCGGCGCUUCAUGGUGCGGCCUAACUGGCCGCCGCAAAGAUCUGGUCUCCAACGCAACUGAACAGCGGCACCGGCCGCAAUAGAGAGCAUAAGCGGAGCCGAUGACAAAACGACAACAAAAACUGGAGUGGCAAGGAGGGUAUGGGUCUUCCAGGUCGGCCAGUCAAAACUGGAGGCUGGGGAAGCACCUUCACCGACAGAUGCAGCAGCAAGCGUUACAGUGACAUUUUUCUUUGCUUGCACAUUUGAAUCACUUGAAACAAACAAAAUAAUUAAACUAAAGGUAAUCAAGCAUAUAAUACGAGGAAGAAUGAGCCAUGUGCUUCAGCUGCCGAUUCCAGUGGCGGUGACCGUUCUCGGUCGAUGAGCUGAUGGAGAAGUGUGCCGCUGCCACCGAAGACGCCGCCGCUGGUGGUCGGACCGGCGGUCGCUGUGCUCAGCUUGCCACCACAGAGCGUACCGCGACUGGGCAGGUCGCCUGUAUCUGAUGAGCAGACGUGCAGUGGAGUGGUUUGCAGUGGGCAUUGUUAUGCGAUGUUGUAGGCUAUGUGCCUGUCUGUGUGUGUGUGUGUGUGCGCGUGUGUGUGCGUAUUUAUUGUCCGGCCGGCGAGUCGAGAAAGUCAGUUAUCUAUGAUGGUCGCCCGUAAAAGCACACUGUGAGCUUAUCUUGUGUUAACCUACAUACCUAUUAUACCCAAGUGGUAUGCUGUGUAGCACAACAUGGCGACUGUCGGCUAACUGAGCUGUUUGGGACGACGGCAGGUCACACUACCUGCAGCAGCUCAGCCGCAGCAAACAAUAAGCUGACGGCAAAUGGGAUGGCAAACCGGCGCAUACAGACGAGGCUAGCUAGAGAAAUUCAGACCAAAGAUAAGGUAUGAUGCAAGUGUAGCAUACAUGAUGGAAAGGUGUUAACUUUGUGAAAAUGUACAAUAAUAUAUUGUAAAAUUAUAAAGCAACUGACGCGAAAUAAGAAUUAUGCGAUAUAUGUAAAAUGUGAAUAGAAACGAACAGGCAUUCAAAGUAAAAACAUUCACAAGAGGUCAGCAAUGGAGAAAUGAAAAUUUGCACUCAAUGAAACAUCAGCCGCUGCCCGA